AUGUCAUUGGAGGCUCGGAAUAAGGACCAAAUCGUCUCAAAAGAAUACCUCAGAACUUUCGGUGGCGACAUUACCGACUGCCCGAUUCUGAUGGUACCGCAGAUCUGGCUCUGGAGGAUGGACGAUGUAUUGUUGAGCGCAUUUUCAGAGAUCACUAAACUUCUCGACGAACAUACUGUUACCGAUCAUGGAUCCCUCAUAUCUGAUAUAUCAAUCAAUGCCCAAAUCGGCGUCUUGCUUGCUGCGUCCGUCAAGAUAUUUGGCAGGGAUAGUCAAUUGGAAGGGAAAAUGUUCAAACCGCCUCUGGACAUGUUUGAGGCUGCAUUGACAUCGACAUUGUCAGCUGUUCACAACUAUCUAGAGGCAGAUCGAACUAAACUCAAGACCAAGGAACAGAAAACGAAGGAGCUUGAAUUCAUUCAUCAAAUCUCGGAUGUUCACUGCGAGCUCGACAUGAUUCAAUCAGUCCUCAAUCAGCAGAAGGAUGUCAUGGACAAGUUCCUCGCAGACACAAAGGCAGCGCGGGAUGCAGCGGAGAAUUCACCGUUGGAUCUCUGGGACAUUAGGGCAUGGAAAGAAGUGGUACAAGCACGGCAAACUCUGGACCAGUACACCAAUCGAAUUAGCAAAAUACACAAAGACGCAGAUCGUGCGGAAAAGGCCAUCGACUCUUUUCUCAACCUUCAACGCACCUACGCCAACAUUGAAGACACACAGAACAACAUGCUCGUCGGCCUCGCCGCCCUCGCAUUUGCCAUCGUCACCGUCAUAUUCACUCCUCUGAGCUUCAUGACGAGUCUCUUCGCACUUCCCGUGCGAGAAAUUCUGCAACACCAGAAGAUAAUCGAAACCCCUUCAAGUCUGCCGCAAGCACAAUCACAAGCAUUCGAAUUCAAGUACAUUGGCGGAUAUAUAGGCUUCCUGUAUCUUCGCUGGACUGGCCACUUCGGGCGACGACACAGCCAAACGGAGCCGAAGAAGGAUGAUGCUAUGGAGACAAGUGAUACGGACCCGAAAGAAAGCGACCACCAGAAGACGAAGCCGUGGAUAUCGUUACAGGAAGGCUUGCGACGUCGCUGGAACGUCCUGACACGCCGCAAAAUACGUGCACAAGCACCGGGAGAAGAUACUGGUACCAGCACAGGUGUGAGGGACUCAGAUGAAGAUGAGGCUUCCAACGUCACUCCCCAAGCCAGCGAUGUGGAGGGCAGCAAAACUCGGAAGAAAGACACGAGUAUUGUGUAA